AGUUCAGGGCUGAGGUGCUGCAGAAGAAGCAGGAGGAGCGCCUGGCUGCCGAGGGCUCCGUGGAGGAGCUGGAGGAGCACCGGCGCCUGAUGGCCUGGAACGACGAGGAGAACGCCCGGCAGCGGGCACGCAGAGAGGAGAGAUUCAGGAAAGAAGAGGAGGAGCAGAAGAGGAGGAAGUUAGAGAUUGCGGAGAAACGGGCCAGGAAAAUGGAGGCUUUCCUGGAGGAGAAGGAGAAGGAGGUUCUCCAGCUGCAGGAGGAAGCCAAAAACUUCAUCACCCCCGAGAACCUGGAGGCACGGAUCGAGGAGUGCCUGGACAACCCACGCAACUACAACUUCGCCAUCGACAAGGACGGGCGGAUCGUCAAACGCACGGUGCUGUCCUAGCAGCCCUGGCAUGGGGCUCCUGGCCUGGCUUGUGUCCAGGGGCCCCCCCAGACAACACAGAUCCUUCUUUGAAUGUAUAAAUCCACAACAGGAGUGGUGGAGAAGGGCCACGGAUCUGGCUGUGCUGCUACCAAAGGGUUAAUGCCUGCGGGAGAGGGGGGGUGAGGGGAAACUUGGAGGCUCCAGCAGCCUGGCUCAGCCCUGUUGCUGUGCCUGUGAUCCCACCUCCCACGUGUUUGGAUCCCUCCUGCCUUCACACAGCAUGUGGGGAGGAGCAGGAGCGGUCCUGAGACAGAGCCUGGCUCUGAGCUCCCUGCUGUCAGCUCCUCUGGAUGCUUCCAAAGGCAAACGAGGGCUGAAUGAAUUUGUGGGAAACACUGACCUUCCCUUUUUUUGUUGUUGGGGGAAGGAAUUAAUUGUAAUUCACAUUUUAAACCGUCCUUUGCACAUCUCUUGGUGUGGCUGAAUAAGAAAAUGUCUGAAUGAUCCAG